ACGAAACGUUGGACACGACAAGAGGCUAUCUCUCCUUGCUGUCAGUAUCAUUCUGUUGCCCUCUCCCCACCGACCGCUAGCCUAUACACUCUAGUCGUUAAUCCAGAUACUCUACGAUCAAUUCUUCCCCCCUCAACGAACAAAACCCCUCCUUCCUCACCACAUCCUCAUGCCCCUCCCGGCCGAUCCCUCGUGCUGAAAAACAGCUGGCCUUCACCCUUCUGGACUGCCAUGAUAUCCGACGCAAGCAACGGCGGUUGUUAGUAGACCUGCGCGCCAGUACACACAUAUGACGGACAACUGAAUACCGCGCUAUGGUGCGCAAGUCAGCCACGCUACAUACCUCUGUUAGCUGUUAUCUCCCUGCCGUUGCCGCCUCAUGUGAAGACGUUUGGUGGCCUGCAGGUAUCCGAGUGAAGGUAUAAAAUGCCCAAAUUUUCCUUCAGCUCUCCCCUCCACCUCACCUCAACGCUUAAACGUCACCUUUAUGUCAUACACCAACGUAGCUACCACGGAUACUCGGCACAACGGGGUGCCUGGGAAGCAAAUCGUUGCAAACCUGACUGGGCCUUUCCCAAUACGGGCCUCCGUGCUCUCGAUGGAUCCGAGGUUCGGCCCCUUUCCUUAUCCCCACUCAGGUACCGAUGCCGGGGAUGCAAUGAUUGUGAAGUUCAAUUCCUUUGUGUCCAAGUCCAGUUCGGUCCCUCCACCCUGCGUUGGAGAUCUCUUAUUUGUUCGAGAUUCCUUUAUCCCUCGAUUUGUCGACGAAGAGUUCAUCCCGUCCUCCUCGCUCUCCUCCUGUACCACUCUCCUCACUAACAAUCUCGGAAGAGAUAUGCAUGCAUCUUAUUACUGA